AUAUAACGUCGAGCAACAUUUCUUUAUUGAUAUCGCGUUGCAUCCUUGUAUUUGUAGAGUACAGUUAAUCGCUCGGAAUGAAGCUGAAGCAGGAAGCUCAGACGCAUCUUUUAAAUGUUUGUAUUUUUUAGGAUGAGACAGAUGAUCUUGCGGAAUUGCUAUUACGAAAUAUCUGAAACAUGGCCAUUCGGUGCAGACGAUGGACCUGGUGGCGGACAGUCUGUUACAGAUUGUGACAGAUAGUUCAAGGUCACUGUUAUUCUCCAGAUUGCUGACGUCCUCGACAUCUACCGCAUUCACGACGAGUAUGGGACAACGGCCAAGCAUUUUAUUGCGCCCCAAGAUCUCGUUGACUUGGGUCUUACGCAGCCAACAGCAACCCGGACCUAAUCAUGCUUAUUCGACCAGUGCGAAUGGCGAUCAAGAUGCUUUAUCACAUAGUGGCAAGAAAAGAUUGUCCAAGAGGAGCAUCAAGGAAAAAGAUCCUGCUCAAAAGGAUAUUGAGAAUAAGGAGAGCAUCGAGAAAUGCGAGAAGAGUAUCCUGCACAGGCUCGAAAAAAUUGAAGGGAACGAAAAGAUUAUCGUCGAAGAAACAAUCGGCCAAGAGAGGCGACUGCUAGAUAGUCCACUGGAGAAGCAUUCCGAUAAAGAAUUUGCUGGUUUAAAAGAUACGAAAGAAAAAGAGAAGGUAAAAAGAGCGAUUUCUGAGCCUUCCCUGAUCUCCCGAGAAUCAAUGUUGACACCCAGUGGACGAGAAAAGCAUCGGCAUAGGCGGACCAAACGUCCGCACAAGCCUAGGCUACCCAACAGAUUUGGCUACGAGAUCGCUGAUCUUGACGCGUUUUUAACCAAGGCAUCUUUAGAGAAACCAGCAAACAUCCCAGUGGUCUUGUCUUUCCCGUCGGUAUUGUAUCAAACUCAGGGCGGCACUCAGGACGAGAUGGCUCUUCCUCUGGGCACAGUAGUAAAUGCCGUUUUCAAGAACCAAACCUGGUUAUACGUGCAAACGCCUCAUGGCCAAGAAGGCUACGUCGGCUACGCCGCCUGUUUGCCUUUGGGAAUUUUACCUCAACCCACGCGAGGACCUUGCUGGGAAGAUUCCACUGAUGUCUUUCCUCGACCUCUUGGGAACAUGACGGACACGGAGAAACUGCGAGACACCAGAUCGGAGUGUGGAGCGAGUCGCGGUCGUGGUAGCAGGAUCAGACGGGGUCCGAGAGAUGCGGUGUCGGCAUGCGGCGAGCGCAGCGUCGAUCGGUUAUACUUAAGGGCAGCGACAAACGCGCGCAUCAAGGGUUUGAGGUACACGCUCCUAGUGAUUCGAAACGACUACGAGGCGCACGCUGCAAAUGCUCUGACUGUCUCCAAGGGUGACGUGGUCGCUCUACUAAGCGAUCACGUAAACGACGACUGGUUUUGGGUACGUUCGAAGGACGGUAAAGAGGGAUUUAUUCCUGCAGCCAUCGCUGGUCACGGUUUUCUCUGACCUCUUCUUGUCAGAAAUAAGUUAUUUGGCAAUGGCUCUCGCUAAUAAAAUUUGCAAAAAAAAUAAUAUCGCAUCAUUCUCGGAAUAUCUUUGUAAUUACUAAAUUAUUAAAUAGAUCUAGAUCACUCAUUAAC